GAUGAAAUGAAAAUAAUGAAGAGGCAAGACAGAGGCAAAAGAUUUACAGAAAAGGAAGGGGGAAAAAAAAGAAGAAAAAGAAGAAAAAAAAAAAGUAAAGAAAGUGAGGGACACAAAAUGAGAGGUAUGUGCACUAUGAUCUCUUCUAUACACACUUUUAAACUUGCGUCAACCCGUUUCUCCUCUCAUCAUCAACAUCUAAUGAAUGGUUAGUUGCAAGAACAGAAAAUGAAUGAUAGGAGAGAAGAUGGGUGUGGCCUCAAACCCCUGGUCCCUGAUGGUCACCGAAAGCCGCCACCACACCUCUUUCCUCCUCCUAUGCUUCCCCUACUCCUUCCUGUUGUCCAUCACGAGGCUUUUCAAAUCUCCCCGAACCUUCUGCUGAACGAUCUUUUCAUCAUGUACGCUACGCGAGCUCGGCUCUUGAUUUGGCGAAUAGCCGGUCAGGGAUAAUGGUCAAGAAGACGUCGUUUCUCUCGGAUCGUGCGGCAUACUUAAUACACCGCGACAGCUGAGUUCGCCUCGCCUGAUAAAUGCGUCUGCCUGUCAGAACCAAUUCUCCAUGAACUUCCUCCUAGCGGCGCAGAUCACAAAACACAUGGUUUAGAACAUGUGGGAUGAUGCUUGUGCCUCGAUGCCCCUGCCAAGAUUCAAGGCUGACCGGCGCCGUGUAAGACUGCAAGUGCGUGGUUGGGGGCCACUUGCGCCUCCUAGGUCAUGUCAUUGGGGGUUUGAAGUCUGAAUGCAGUAAGCGGUGCCACAGCCUUGCUCACUCAUAUCUGAAGCAAAGACGAGGAGACAACAACACCAUACGCUUCGAUAGAUGGAAGUCUACCGUUCACCCAAUAUACCAUGAUCGAGUUUCGCCGUUACAUCCAUUGCAACAAUACUCCGUGGCUUUACGGAGUCCCAGGUGCCUGGCGUCAUGUUCAGCUCGCCCAGCAUCUUUAUCUUUCUGCUCACUUGAGCCUCCUUAUAUCGGCACCUCGAAGGGCACUUCCUUACCGCUCUUCACCUUCACACGAGCAGAUGCAAUGUCGAUGAAUAAAUGAAAUAACAACCAGGCCUUGACAACGGAACACUUGAUUCGUGAAAUACCACGCAGGGUCGGGCAGUUGUCAACUUGACCAGCAACGAGACUCAACAUGGCCGCUUCCGCAAACUCGUCGUCCUUCAUCCUCCAAUAUCCAACAACGACCACAAGCUCAUCAUCUAAGAACCUUCAGUAUCCAGCAAUGACAACAAGCACUCACCGAGCCAUCGAAACACUCUUAACAAUGGCUCGUAGAGGCUCUCCAGAGGUUCUGCUUACAGACAGCAGAUCUCCACCAAGCCCCACCUCAUUCAAUCCAUCGGUAUUAACUCAAGAGUCAUGGACCACCAAGAUCUCCGGCCUCCCCACGGCCAUCACACCCCCGUCGUCCACGUCCAGCAGCGCAGCAUCAAGCGCUAAUGAUACCGCGUCCAUCAACCACGCAACCAACAUAAGCCUGAUUCCGCUGCUCAGCCUGUCCUUCGCUGUCACCAUGUGGGUUCUGUUUUACAUCCUGAUCAACCGACGACGCAGAGCCGGUAGAAGCGUUCCCCGACUAUGGCCCUCCUUCUCCCUGUUCGCCUUUUCGCGAAGAGGUAGGGCCCAUUUUACAUUCAGAACCAAGCGCUCAGACAGCCGAACGUCGCUGCUUCCAAGCGAUCGCCUCGCCGCCGGGGCAGAGCUGGGAUACCAAGUAAUUUCUCGAGGUAAUGGACGCGGUGUGGAACAAGGACAGACAGCCGUCGUGACUUGGACGCACCCUCCUCCAGUCGAACUCGACGGUCAGGGCAUCGGAGACCUGCCGAUCCGACCCAGCUGGGUCUCGCGGAUAUCGAGCUUCUUGGUCACGGAGAGGGAAGGAAAAGGGCAUGGCUAUGGUCAGAUAGAUUCAUCGCUCAGAGCGACACGAUCUAUCCGAGAGUCGUUUGGCGAGAAGAUUAAUGAUCCUGGAGUAGCCGUGUUGAUUCGAGAGCCGAAGAAGACGCUUUCACGGUAUUCGAGGGUUGUUUCAGAAAAGGCUCUUCCGGAAAUCCCUGAGUCGGAGGAAAUCGUGCCAUUAAGACUUGGUAGCCCACGGGGGCAUUGGGAAAGGAUGACAUCACGCAAUACUUUCGGGGUCAUUGAAAGGUGGAAGGGCGAGCGCGAGGAGUUUGAGGGGUCGUUCCGUAAUUGCAAUCAUGAUCAGACAUCGUGAGGUUGACCGGGGAAGGGACCGGGAAUCGUCAUCGGCGUCGGGGCCAUGGGUUUGACGGAUCUCGAUUUCAACGUGUUAAAAGGACAAACCAGCGGGGUGUUUGUUACAUUGCUUGCUCGUAUUCAUUCGCCAGUUACAAGUAAGUUAUAGCAUCGUUAUUCGUC